AAUGCUAUCCUAAACGACUUUCUUUACCAGUAUGGAGGGAGUACAUUAGCGUCAGCCAAUCUGCGUACGGACUUGGCAACACGUCCCAGAGGAAUAUCAGCGUACACACCAUAUCAGAGAGACGGUGCAGCCGCGUCAGGUCAACUCCCUCUCCAGACCAUCGCCGCUCUCGAGUCCGCGACGCAUCAUCGUUGAAGCAAGCAACCGAUCGAUCGAGGCCGCGGCGUUUUAGCCGCGCGUUUCUUUCCUUCAAAAAGCGCGUCUCCGCCCGUGCGCAUCCCCGCGGGUCUCGCGUCGUUCGCCAUGGAGCGAGAGAGAGACCACGGCGCGGCAGCCGCGGGCGAGGAGAACGGCUUCUACUACCACGACGACGCGCAGGUGGAGGCCAUGCAGCGGCGAGUGGACGCGGCGCCGCCCCUGGGCGACGACCCCUACACCAUCUUCCGCCUCCCGGCGGCCGUGCGCGAGCGGCACCGCGACCUGUACGAGCCCAAGGUCGUGUCCGUUGGCCCCUACUACCACGGCCGCGCCGGUCUCGGCGCCGCGCAGCAGCACAAGUGGCGCCUCCUCCGCGACUUCCUGUCGCGGGGCAAGAAGACCGCCGGCGGCCUCGGCGCGUACUUGUGCGCCGCGCGCGAGGUCGAGGCCGACGCGCGCCGGUGCUACGCGGAGGGGUUCGGCCUGGGCGCCGACGAGUUCGUGGAGCUGCUGGUGCUGGACGGCUGCUUCCUGCUCGAGUUCUUCCUCAAGAAGAGCGAGGGGCAGCUCGCCGCGCCCGGGGGCGCCAAGUGGGCGUGGCACCACAUGUACCACGACGUCCUCCUGCUGGAGAACCAGAUACCCUUCUUCGUCAUCGAGAAGCUGCACGGCGUCGCCUUCGCCGGCGAGGACGGCGCCGAGCGCGACGCGCUGCUGGACAUCUUCUGCAAGGCCUUCGCCGGCGACCUGCCGUCGAGCCGCACCAUCCGGCUGCCGAGCGAAAAGACCAUCCACCACCUGCUGCACCUGCACUACGAGUGCAACGUCCGCAACCCAGCCGCAGACAACGACAAGGGCCGCAAUACGACUGGGGACGCCAACGGCGCGUCGCUGGCCAUCUGGAAGCAGCCGGCGAUCCAGUCGCCGCGCUCCGGCGAGGGUGCUGGCAGGAAAGGUCGCCUGACGUCGAUGAUCCCGCCGGCGGAAAAGAUGGAGGAGGCCGGCGUGACGUUCAAGCGGAAGGCGACCCCGCGGGACGUGUUCGACGCGAGCUUCCGGUACGGCGUGCUGCACAUGCCGGCGUUCGUGGUCGACGAGGGCGCCAAGGUGCUGUUCGCGAACCUGGUGGCGUUCGAGCAGGGAGGCGGCCGCGCGGCGCGGCAGCUGGACGGGGGCAACCUGGUGACGGGGUUCGUGGCGCUGGUCGGGUCGCUGGUGAACUCGCGGAGGGACCUGGAGGUGCUCCGCCGGUGCGGGAUCAUGCACUGCAUGCUGGCCGACGACGACGCCGUGGCCUACUUCAACCACGUGGUCCAGUACACGACCAUGGAUUACGACCGCCACCUGCUCGCCUGCCUGUUCCGGGACGUCAGGAAGCACUGCCACUGGAACAGAUGAUCGCUCUCGACGCUGCCUGGUGGAGGUUCCUGAUAGCACUCACAUCGUCUGAAUGAACUUCUGAAUUCUGAUAACGACGUCCAUGAACUACUACCAUCAGGAAGCACUGCCAUUGGAACACAGCAUAGCUCCCGGGCUUCAUUUGGUUUUCUAUACAGGCUAACACCUUUAUCCUAAUUUGCGCAAUUGCUUAUUUGGCAUUAUAUGUUGAUUUUACCAAAUGUACCUGCCACCAGUUUAUGCAAUUAUUCAAAUGGCCAAUAGUCUCA